AUGGCAGAGUUCAGUUUAUGUGCAUUGAGGACGAGUCUUAUUGCUAAAGCGUAUGGGUGCCUGUCUAAACUUUAUACAGGUGGUAGGGUGAAGAAGCUGCUUGCGCAAGGUGUAUCUCAUAAUCGGUAUCAUGAAAAAACUCCUGAGCAAAUUUCUCCUGCUACAAUGCAAAUCACUGUGGAGCUUGGAGUCAUUAGGCAAGAGCAGCUGAACAAGUUCUAUUUCAUAUUGAGGGCUCAUAGGAUUGUUCUUGAAGAGAAUUUGUCGAUUCAAGUUAUUAUGGAGAAGUUGCAGUCUUAUAAAGCUUGGAUUGUGCUCAAAUUUGAGGGUUUUCAAUAUCAACUUGGUGAUUUUCGAUUGAGAGUUGGAAAGUGCGUUCCUUCUACCUCUGAAAGUUUGAGGGGAAUCAUGAUGGAGGUAUUGCGAAAUGCAAGGGUAGGAAAAACUCAAGAUGCCAAGAAACUCUCAAGUGAGAUAUUGCCCUCACGUAUCAUUAAAGUUAUAAGAAAAAAAGUUAUAAGAUAA